AUGUCCUAUGCCCUGGCAACCGAAAGCCUCGGCGAAGAGAGCGAGCCAGCACUUAAUGCUGCGAAUCGCCUCAUGGCAUGCUUGAUUGACACUGGCCACGCAGAGCGGGCUGUGGGCAUGGGGACCAGGCUGCUGGAGAUUGAGGAGCGUCACUACGGUGCAGACCACCCUCGGGCGGCAACGGCCCGCAACAACUUGGGGAAUGCCUAUGGAAAGCUGGGCGACUACCAGCGGAAGAAGGAGCUGCUGGAGCAAUGCCUCAAGAUCAAUGAGCAACACUACGGCCCAGACCACCUGCACUUGGCGAAGAUCCGCUGCAACCUGGGGAAUGCCUAUGGUGACUUGGGCGACUACCAGCGCCAGAAGGAGCUUCUGGAACAAGGCCUCAAGAUCCUGCAGCAAUGCUACGGUCCAGACCACCCAGAGGUGGCGACGACGCUCAACAACCUGGGGUGUGCUUAUGGAAAUUUGGGCGACGACCAGCAGGGGAUGGAGCUGCUGGAGCGAUGCCUUAAGAUCAAGGAGCAACACUACGGUGCAGACCACCCUGAGGUGGCGACGAUGCUCAGCAACCUGGCGACUGCCUACAGACGCUUGGGCGACUACCAGCGGGCGAUGGAGCUGCUGGAACAAUGCGUCAGGAUCGAGGAGCAACACUACGGGGCAGACCACCCGGAGGUGGCGAAGAUCCUCGCCAACCUGGGGACUGUCUAUGGACAGCUGGGCGACUACCAGCGGGGGAAGGAGCUGCUGGAACAAGGCCUCAAGAUCCUGCAGCAAUGCUACGGUCCAGACCACCGAGAGGUGGCGACGCCGCUCCACAACCUAGGGAAUGCCUAUGGACAGCUGGGCGACCACCGGCGAAUGAAGGAGCUGCUGGGACAAGGCCUCAAGAUCAAGGAGAAACACUACGGACCAGACCACCCCGAGGUGGCGAUGACCCUCAACAGCCUGGCGAAUGCCUUUGGUGAGUUGGGCGACUACCAGCGGAAGAAGGAGCUGCUGGAACAAGGCCUCAGGAUCGUGGAGCAACAGUACGGUCCAGACCACCCCGAGGUGGCUAGGACCCUCGGCAACCUAGGGAAUGCCUACGGAAAGCUGGGCGACUACCAGCGGCAGAAGGAGCUGCUGGAACAAUGCCUCAAGAUCUUUGAGCAAUACUACGGACCAGACCACCCCGAGGUGGCGACGAUCCUCAGCAACCUGGGGAGGGCCUAUGGAGGCUUGGGCGACUACCAGUGGCAGAAGGAGCUAGUGGAACAAGGCCUCAAGAUCCUGGAGCAACACUAUGGUCCAGACCACCCGGAGAUGGCGACGAUCCUCGCCAACCUGGGGAAUGCCUAUGGAGACUUGGGCGACUACCAGCGGAAGAAGGAGCUGCUGGAACAAGGCCUCAAGAUCGAGGAGCAACAGUAUGGUCCAGACCACCCAGAGGUGGCGAAGAUCCUCGCCAACCUGGGGACUGCCUAUGGACAGCUGGGCGACUACCAGCGGGCGAAGGAGCUGCUGGAGCGGUCGUUGGAGAUCUUCCAGCGCUUGCUUGGGCCCGGGCAUCCGCACGUGGACCUGGUGCGCCACAAUCUUGGAAAAGUCUGUCCACAGCUGGAAAGCUCGAGGACAGCCAAGGACUGCGGGCAUCCACGCGACCCUGCAGCAACCAGACUCGAAGGUUGUGAGCUCUUGUUAACAGCGUAUGCUAAGAAAGCAAUGGUUAUGGUCGCCCAAGUCACGCCUGCGUUUCCGCAGACUGCAGAGAACCUGGAAGGCUACUGCGACAGCGACGGCCCCGGCUCCUAUGGCAUCAAGUACCACCCCGACCUCGGCGCCUACGGCCUUGUGACGGAGAUCCUUAACGAGACAAACAAGAUGUUGAAGGCCCUCACCGCGAACCAACCUGCGGCGCCUGAGCCGCCGUCGAGCUCCUUGGACCCGAUUGAGAUGAUCCAGAAGCAGUUGGACGAGGUGCGGCGAUUGAAGGUUCUGAGGGUGAAGGAUUUUUCGGAGCCCUCGUCUGCCUUCAACAGUGCGGUGUCGUGGUAUGAAGCGAGGCUGAGUUCCUCUACGGUGCUCUUUUGGACAGCGGGGCUAGCCAUGCCUACAGGGCCCCUUUGUCGGAAGGAAGCCGCCCGCCGUGUUGGGGUGGCUUUGGCUACUGGAGAGGAGCGGGUUAUUCCGCAGAACUCCGGUGGCACCCUCUUGAGCGAGGGCGGAUGCGAAGGCACCAUCUUGCCUAUGGGGCAGUUGGUCAAGCUUUUGGGGUGCAAGGUGCUGUGGACGCCAACCAAGCUUACUGUGGUUCACCCAGUACAUGGCCGUUUCCAAGUACGCCUCAGGGGUCACUGUCCAGUCCUUCCAGUCUCGCAGGCACUUGAGUUGAUAGCGGAGCUGGAGCAGAAGAGAGUGAAUUCCUUUGAGAAAACUGUGCAGGAGUUGCAGCAGCAGAUCAAGGUGAUCAAGGAGAGCGGCCUCCAGGUGUUGUUGGGAAUUCCAGAGCAGGUGCCCGUUGAUGGUAAGGAUGGCUGGAAGCUGUUGAAGGGGACUCCUUGGUCCCGUGCGAAGCGCAAGGCCCUGUUCCAGAGCGACAACUGGGUGCUCCACUUGUUUGCAGGUGAAGAGAGGUCUGAGGAAGCCAAACGACGGGCCACUAUGAAGAGAUCUUUCUGGAGUGAGGCGCUGUCCGGCGAUGAAGUGAUGGUUGAAGUUGAUGUUACCUCUUCGAGGGGACUUGAUCUUCUACAGCGUGACGGGGUUUUCCGAGUGUUGGCUUGGGCAGGAUUGAAUGGGAAGAUCAAGAGUGUCAUUGGGGGCCCGCCUCGUCAGACGUUCCCCACGGCUAGUCAGAAGUGUGUGCCUGGCAGCCAGCAUGUGAAGGAGACCCAGCUGAUUGUCCGCAUGAUGACCAAUUUCUACAUGGCGGAGGAAGGCAGGACAGCAUUGUGGAGGGCAGGUCGGCUGAUGGUUAAGCCUCAUGUGGGUUUCCUGUUGGAGCAUCCUGAUGAGCAGAAGGGCGAGUUGAUGUCACUUUUCCAAACUCCUCUUUGGAAAUCCUUUGCACUGGACAACCUUAUGGGAGAGGUGCCUGUUACCACGAAUGGCAAGAGCGUCGCCCUGGGAGGCAACAUGGAUUUAUGGACUGGCGGUUACAUGUUCAGCGCGACCACCUACCUUAUCGGCGUGAUUGUCGAGUAUGCGUUGAACGAGCAAGUGGGAAGCCGCAUCGUCGGUUAUACCACCCCUCUCCUUGCGUGCUUUCGGUGGAUACAGCCGGACCAUUUCGGGCAAAGGGUGCUGGAGGAUAUCGAUAUUUACUGGUGGGUUGUUACUGACAUCCUAGAUUGGGAGGAGAUCUUGCCGAGACCAGAAGAUGAUCUGGAUUGGAUAUUGGAGGAUGAUGAUGUUGGUGGUGGUGUUGGUGACGUAGAUCCCCCUGAACCGGAUCAGGAGGAGGAGGCGCUAAAGGCCACACAGGAGAUGUACAUCCAGCUGCGGAGCUCAGGGUUUCCUUUGAAUCGCCUCCAUAUGGAUAGGGCCAGAGAGUUUCAGUCUGGUGCGUUGGAACACUGGGUGGCGGCUCGGGACGUGGACCUCUCGCGAACUCAAGGCUCUGAUCCAGCUCAGAAUGGUACAGCUGAAAGAGCUGUGGGAUAUGUCAAGAUGAGAAUGAGGAUCUUGUUAGCCCAGGCCAAGGAGUUGAGUGGUUUGGAGGACGAUGUUGUGAAGACUUGGUGGCCUAUGGCGGCGGACACAGCGGUGACUCAGCAACAGUCAAUGGCUAUGGGUCGGAAGUUCCCCUCGGCAGCACGGUUUGGUUCCAGAGUUUUCACAAAGCGAAAGGGAUAUGGUACAGGCAGCCCUGGCGACCUUAAGCCAAAGUGGAUUGGUGGCUACUACCUGGGCCCUGCAAGGUCUGUACCUGGUGGCCACAUGGUGUACACAGAUGAGGGCAACUUGUGGUUCACUACAUCCAUUCGCCAAUUUGAGGAUCGUGAAGUUGAAGGGGAAGCCUCGGCGGCCCCUUUGGGUGCUUUGGGAGCCAUGGCGGCUCUAACACAGUUCAUCUCUGAUUCCGAAGAUGAGCGCGAGUCCUGGGACGUGGUGUCCGAUGACCCGGGUUUGGCGGCGGAGUUUCGGGACCAUGGGAAGUUUACCAUGGACGAUUGUUUGGCAGUGUUGGAGGCGGAACAGUUCGUUAAAACGCGGAAGCAAAGGCAGUCAGCCUGGAAGGAGAAUGACCUAGCUCGCUACCUCGCGGAGUUCAUAAAGCUGGAUCAAGAUGGAUCUUGCUCAUUUGAGGGUCCUGGUGGAGAACUCUGGCGGCACAGUGUUUCCCAGUUGGAGUUUGGGGAGGAGAUGAUGGAUAGGUUGUGGAUGCGCCGAGUUCUUGAUGAGGAGGAGCAGCUUGCUGGAGUUGUUCCUGGGGAACUUCGGACAGAGCUUGAGGGAGUGGAGCAGGCCAACCUUGAUGCGGCAGAGGUUCUUCAUCUUCGGGAAACCCGAGGCUUAUGUGACCGUUGUGAUGAGGAGCAAUGGCUGGGCCUUUGUCGUAUGACUGAGACCGAGGAGGAGACCUUUGGUGUCGAGACGAUGUUGGAGGAGCUCAAGGAGCCCCUCAAGGUUGUCUUCACGGUUGCCUUGGAUGAGGUGAAGAACUAUGCAGGCCGUUGGUCGGAGGCUAUGCGCAAGGAGGUGAAGGCUUUACUUGAUGCUAAGGCCUUGGUUCCUCUUUCGCCACGUGAACAAGCCGAUUUGGAAGCCUCUGGAAAGCUUGUGGUGCUCCCCGCAAACGCAAAGGGAGUAUUUACAAUAAAGCCGCCGGACUUGGAUCGCACCCAGGAUGAGCUUGACAAUCCCCUUCCUCAAGGUUCUCCCCUCUUUGUUAAGAGAAAAGCCAGGUUGGUGAUAUGUGGAAAUUUCCAAGGCCGGCAAGCUCGAGAAGAUUCCUAUGCUGGUGGGUGUCAAAUCGACUCGCUACGAGCUAUGUUAGUGCUGGCAGCCCGUCGCGGUUGGCGACUGGCUUCAACGGAUAUUCGUAAUGCCUUUAUUUUAGCCCCUAUCAAGGAGGAGGACGAGGAAGACGACGGCAUCAUCUACGCCUUGUUUCCUCCGAAGGUGUUUCAAAUGGUUGUGGUUCCGUAUUGCUACCAACUUUGGCGAGUUGAUCGAGCUCUUUAUGGUUUCCGGCGGAGCCCUCGGCUUUGGAGCAAGUUUCGGGACAAGAGGCUGCUGAGAGCGAGGAUUCCUUUUGGCCAGGGGCACUGGAUGCUGAAGCAGAGCAAGGCUGAUGCUAAUGUGUGGGCCGUGACUUGUGUUGGACCACAAGGUGAUGUUGAAGUCAGGGCCUACCUCAACAUUUAUGUUGACGAUGUCCUGUAUGCUGGGAACCCAGACGAAAUCAUUGCCGUCCACAAGUGGUUGACAUCUGAGUGGAAGGCCUCAGAGUUAUCAUGGGCCACCGGGGAGUCUAUUAUUAGGUUUCUUGGGUUGGAGAUUGGGGUCACGAACGGCGGUGUGAGGACAGCAAGGGGUAUGGAACCCCUUGUCCCCAAGAAUGGCUUCUUGGAGAAUGUGAUGAAGAAGUUCGAGAAUAUUCGCCCGCCCAAUUGA